UCUUCUGUUGGUUGGUGGUCGUGCUCAAGUUUGGCGUCUUCGUUGCUGCCAACGCUCAAACAGUCUUCGAUUUGCACGCGACUAAUAAACAACGUCGUCGUUAUUGCGAACUUAUUGCGAGUAUUUCUUUGAUUGUUGUGCGUUUUCGCUGUUUCGCGUUUCCAUAAACAAUCCGGUAUUUCGACAAAAUCCGGUAUUCCGGUUGCACUUUGCAGAGCCCGCCCGCCCCUUGCAUUCGUGCUUGCUGCAGUUAAAUGUGAAUACAGCGAAGAAAUAUUGAGUUUUGAAUUGUUAUUGUUAUUUUUGCUGUCUGCGAAUUUUUUGCUUUGAAAACAUCCUUAAAAAAGGGUAGAAAACCAAUAAAAGAAAAAUAUUGAAAAUAACAGCAAUAAAGUGGAAGUGGUCAAAGUGGUCAGUUUGCGCGUUUCGAAAUAUUUACUAUUCACAUAGCCAACUUUGGAUUUGGAUUUUUACAUCAACAUAAAACCGCAAAAGGUUGUAGAAAAGCAAUGACAUAAUGGAACCAAUGACCGCAUUGGUUUUGGCCUUCCAGCUGUUGGCCCUCUUCUCCAUCGCCGGUGCACUGCUCAUCUAUCUGAUCUGCAAGGUGCGUGAUGACACUGCCGAGGUGGCCGAAUCCCAGCCGGGCACUGUGCUCGUAACCAGCGCCGACACCGCACUCGGCCUACAGCUGUGCACACAUCUCGCCAACAAGGGCUGCCGUGUUUUCGCCGGUAUGCGUGAUGCCCAAGAUUCGCUGCCCGCUAAGCUGCUCAACGGUUGGCUGAAAAUGCGCGAAUACAGCGAGGAGCCAGUGCGCGGCGCCAUCAUCCCCAUGCAACUGGAUGUGACACGCGAGGAUGUGUUGCGCGAAACGACCAGCGCCAUGGGUGCACACAUGAAUGCGGGCGAGCGCGGCAUUGCGGCAGUGAUCAAUACCAGUGGAAGCCUCUUUCGCGGGCGCGUCGAAAUGCAGGAGGGCCAACAGUGGGAGCAUAUGUUGAAAACGAAUAUAUUGGGUUCAUUGCGUGUGGCCAAAGCAUUUGUGAGCUUCUUGCGACCGACAAGGGGACGUCUCAUCUAUUUAGGCGCCGGUGCUGGGACAGGACCGAAUAGCGAGGAUGGUUUAGUAGCAUUCAAAGCGUCACGCGCCGCCGUGGAGAAGUGUGUGGAAGAGUUGCGCAAAGAGCUGCAGCCGUAUGGAGUGAAGGUGGUGGCGCUAGACACGUGCGGCAUAGCAGCGGAGGCACUAUACAAGGCGCCAGUGCCACACACUAUGACCGAAAAUGAGGGUGCACCGACACAGUACACGGCCGAUGUUUUAAGCGCGAACGCUUUACAAGUGAUUGAGCGCGCGUUGUGGGAUGCAGUGCCGCUGGAGCGCUACCAACUGGUGCAGUAUAGCAAAUUGAAUUUCAUGUUGCCAUGUCGUUCAUCUUUUCGGAUGACAAAAAUGGGUGAAGGUGUGAAGCGUGGCGUGCAGCGGGUUUGAGCGGACGAGCGAGGAAAGGAAUAGAAACGCAGAUGUCACCUAAGUUGGGAUUAACGCCGAGACGAGGAAGGCAAAGAGGCAAGGAGCUGGAACCUUCUAACUGGAAGUGGAUAACAAAAUUUGGGGACACUCCAAAACUUGUUUUGAACAAAUAUAUAUUUUUAAAUAAUUUUUCGAUUUAAGAAAAUGCUAAUGUUUACAUGGAAACUGCAGCAAUUUGUAAAAUUAACGAACAAAAGUAAUUGGCAAAUGUUAUAAUUAUAUUUCGAAGUUUGUUUAGAAAUCAAUUAACAGCUUAUUAUUCGUAUUAAAAUAAUUAUCUGAGGUUAGCUUGGUUUUAUAUGUGAAACUGAGCAGCUGAGUUUCAAAGCACUUCCCAUGUAAACUAUCGUUUUAUAUUUUUUUAAUAUACAUGUAUACAUGUAUGUAAACCGCUACUUUCUUUAUGUUUAUUUUUGUAAAUAAUGAAAUUUAUAAUUAUACGUUUUUCUGCAAUUUUUAAUUUUUGUUUGUUUGUUACAACAAAUAACGCAAUUGGCUGCCACAUUUUCUAACUUUUACACAACAUAUUUUUUGCAAGACAUUAAUAUGUACCAAUUCAAGAACGCAAUGCAUGAAAUCUUUUUAUUUACUAAAUAAAAAUGUGAAAUAUUAAUAAGGAAA